GGGGCGGCGCCGCCGCCGCCAUGCCGCUGCUCUUGGCCGCCCUCCUGGCCCUCUUGCUGGCCGCCCUGGGCGCCCUCUUCCUGGGCCGGUGGCUGGUGGUCCGGUUAGCUACCGGGUGGUGCCAGCGGAAGCUGCAGGCGGACCUGAAGAUCGGCUCCUUCGGCUUUUUCUGGAUCCAGAAUGUCAGCCUCAAGUUCCAGCGACACCGGCAGACGGUGGAGGUCGACAGCGUGUGGAUUUCCAGCAAGCUCUUGAGCCAUGAGUUGCCGCACUAUGUGCAUGUGCUUUGGAGAAGUGCGAAUCCGAACCGACCUGCAGAAAUGUACCCGGCGUGUCCGCCCCUUCGCCGGGGCAGCGGCGGGGUUCCCAGGGAACCUACCCCUCAGCCCGUCCUGCCUGAGAGAUCCGUCUGUCAGAGUGUAGGAUACCCCAUGUCUGUAUCGCCUUACCGUUUCCCCUUCUCAGCAUGA